CUUGCAUAGGAGUUGGUUGCAUGUAGCCGGGGUUAACGUUCACCCCAAAAUAUACUUGCUUAAAAAAUAAAUUUUAUCAUUUCAUGGGGUUUAUUAGUUAUCGAUGAAUCGGAUGAUCAUACACAUAAUAAAUGGAUGCAGGCAGUGAUGAUUCGGACAAACCUGUCUCUCAUCAGGGAAGUAUUUUCAAGAGAUUGACUAGUCCAUUUCAGAACUUGUUUAAAAGAGAAAAAUUGCCAUCCAUUUCCUGGGACCCAUCAGAUAUUUAUGAUUUUACCCACACAAACCGGGGUCUGAUGAUUAUCAUUAACAAUGAGCACUUCAAGAGCCAUGGCCCCAGACCCGGGACUGAUGUUGAUGUUGAGAACCUGAAGUCCACAUUUACAGAUCUUGGAUUUGAUAUGCAGAUUCACCAUAACAAGACUUACAAGGAAAUGAUGAAAAUAUUUAAAAGCGCUGCAAAGAGGGACCACAGUCAGUCAGACUGCUUUGCCUGCAUUGUAUUGUCUCAUGGGGAUGAGGUUCGAAUGAUUGACAAACACAGACCAGACCAGCUGGAGAGACUUGAUGUCAUCUAUGCAACGGAUGGCAUUAUGUUUACCAAAGACAUUAUUCAACAGUUCAGCGAUUUAAAAGUUCCAUCAUUGGCAAACAAACCACGACUCUUCUUUGUACAGGCUUGCCGUGGGUCAUCUCUAGACUCAGGUGUUCCCCUGCCCGUGGGUGACCUAGACAUGCCUGAUGGAGAGAUGCCGAGGGUGGAGGUCUCACCCUGCCCUCUAUACAAGGACAGUCUCAUCAUGUAUGCUACACCUCCAGGCUAUUAUGCAUUCCGGCGCCCUGACACUGGCUCUUGGUUCGUGCGGGCUCUCUGUAAGGUGUUUUCUGACCAGUCACCACGGAAACGCUCUCUCAACCAGCUGCUGACUGCUGUCAUCAAGUUGGUGGCACAGGAAUACGAGUCCCAGUCUGCAAACUGGAAUAUUUCUAAGAAAAAGCAGACCCCUUGUUUCCAAUCUAUGUUGACUAAAGAUAUUUAUUUCAAAGGAAAUUGAAAUAUGGCCCAGCUUUUUAUAAAUAUAGUUUUAUUUCAGCCUUAACAGUUAUUAAAUCAGCUGUUUUCAGAGAAAACCCGAGGUAUUGUCAUAGCCAGCUCGUCGUGUCGUGUCCGUCGUCGUAUUCGCCGUCCGCGUCGUGCGAAAACCUUAACAUUUUGUCAAGGUUUUGAACAUUGGCUCUUAAAUCAAAGUGCUGCAACCUACAACUUUGAAACUUCUUAUGUAGCUGCACCUUGAUGAGUUCUACAUGCCACACCCAUUUUUGGGUCACUAGGUCAAAGGUUAAGGUCAUUUUGACCUCUAAAAAAAAUAAAAAAUUCUGACAAGCUUUUAACUAUUCAAAACUGCACCCGCAGCGGAGCGUGGCACCCGUUAUGCGGUGCUCUUGUUUUAUGCUGUUCUGUUUUUUAAUGCCAUCAGUUAGCUAACAAAUACAUGUAUGUUCUUUUGUUUAUGUUAAUAUUUGUUUACAAGGUUGCCAGAUGGACCACACUAUGCUUUUCUGAUUUACUGAUUUUAAUUGUUCUUGUUUAUUUUUCAAGUUAUUAGAAUAUUGCUGCAAGCACCAAGUUUACUGUGAUAGUGCCAUGCAGAAUUUUGAAUAUUUGAAGAUAUAUGAAGUGUUUUUAAAACAUUAUUUAUUUACUUUUACUCUCGUUUUACCUUGCCAGCAUAUGUUUAUAUAUAUGUUCAUUUUGUACAUUAUUUAUCCUUUCUUGCCAAACUGACCUCUGCAUGUAUUACAGUUACAUUCUGGGAGCACUUUGUUUAAAAUAUGUUCAUAAAAUGUCAUCACAGAAUAGCCAGUACAGUCUGCACAGGCUAAUCAAGGACGACACUUUCCGCUUUUAUGGAAUUUUUUGUUUAAAGGAAGUCUCUUCAACAUGGAUAUCCAGUGUGGGUGGAAAGUGUCCUCCCAAGUUAGGCUGUGCGGACUGCACAGGCUUGUUUGGGAAGACACUUUGCGCAUAUUCAGUUUUUCCAGGAGUGGCUCAUUUGUGUCAGGGUACAUGAACCUUACAAUAAAACAAAAGGGUAUAUAUUUAGGGUAUUUAUAGGAAUCUUUUGAUGAAAUGUUCUCAAAAUGACACAGUCUCAUUAGCAAUUGGUAUGGAAUAUAGGUAUUUUGGCGACCCCACCAAGGUUCUCACAUCUAGGCAGUGGGCCUAACAAUUAUUGGGUUCCCUGUUCAUGUUAAAUAUUAGAAAAUAUAUAAAAAUACAUAUUUCAUUUAUAUCUUCCAUAGAUUGUUUCUUCUGAAAAUAAAUACGAAUAUAUACUUUUGUCUUCUUAAGGAUAUAAGAAUUGGAAUACAUUUUAGUGAUGUCUGUUGUUUUAGCUAAUCGGUGCCAAUGUAUUGUGUCCAUUUUAAUUUCCUCAUAGUAUUUGUGUUAUGUAAAAAAAAUUAUUCUUACCACUAUGUGUUUCAUUAUUUUUAAUGCUGUCCAAUAUGUAAUUCAUUCAGACUUUUAUUAGUUAUGUCUCUUAUAGCAAUCUGUAUUUGUAUUCAUAUUGUGUAAUUUUAUUUUUGUAUUUAUUUACUUUUAAUUCUGUAGAUAUUUUUAUUUACAAUAAUUUUAGCAAUCUAGUCUUACUAUUUGAGAAGUGUACCAUUUCAAGCUAGCAAUGUGUAUCAGGUGCUUCAUUUAUUUAUGAGUUAUUUUACUCUUUUUGUUUUAUUAUACAUGUAUGUUGCCAUAUUAUGAUAGCAAUGCUAUAAGUGUUCUAGUAUAAGUUGCCAAGGCUUUUUUCAGGGUAUAUAAUUCCAAAACGGAGUAUUUAAGAGGAACAAGUCAAUGUUGUCACUAAAUAUGCACAGCUUAUUUAAAAGGACUAUCUUUGUUUGUUUAUACAGUUUCAGACCAUUAAGAAAUCUGCAACCUAUAUACUGGUAUUCCAUAAAGCAGAUUUUAUUAUUAUCUUCCCCAAAGGCGGAGGGAGAUAGAAUUGGUGUGUUCCGUCUGUCUGUCACAAAACUGUUCAGGCCAUUAUCUCAGAAACUACCGGUAAAUAAGAUAUCAACAUGCAAAUUCAUGGGUGCAUGGAUAUCAAUUAGGAGAAGCGCUAUGCUAAGAACCAUAACCCUACACUUUUUUAAAUAAGAGUUAUUGCCCCUUCUUGAUGAUGUAUCAUCUAAAUUUUCAGGGCUAUAUCUCAUAUACAAUACAAUGCUUUAACAUGAAACUUCAUGGGUGUAUUGAUAUCAAUGAGGAGAAGUGCCAUGCUUAAGAACCAGAAUCCUUCACUUUCUUAAAUAAGAGUUAUUGCCAUUGUUGAUUUUGUAUGAUACUACCGUACUUCAGGGCUAUUUCUCAGACAGGAGAUUUCAAAAUGGAGCGUCAUAGGUGGAUAUGAGGAGAAUUAGGAUUCUUAAUUACAAUUACCCUACACUUAAUUAUAUUUUUUAGGAUUAAACAGUGUAUCAAGGGAUUGGAACCCAUGCAUACUUUUCAUUCUUGUGUCAGUGUUGCUUAGUUGCAAUCUUUUGUGAGUAUGUCAUUGGCAUAUAAAUUAAUUAAAAUAAUUAAUUUUAAAAUAAUUGACUUAAGAGUUACAAAUUACACAUUUUUAUUUACAAAUUAUUUUUUUUAUUAACUUUUUUUAAUCUUGAAAUAAAUGUGCCAAUGUUAUUAAAUAUCUUUAAUGAUAGUUGCUAUAAGUUUAUUCACAAAAAACUUCAUGAACUUGUUUUGUAGCUAUAAGUGUUCGAGACUUUAUAUCUUGUAUUAACUUACAUGUGCUAGUACCCUUUGGUUAAAUUUCUUAUUGUAUAACAAGUGAUUUAAAUAGAACUGUUUCGCAAGCAUGUGCCAACAUCAGAGAUGUUGUUGUUUUUUUACACAUUUGCGUGUAUUGUUUGCUAUUAUUCUAAAGACAUACAAAAUACAAUUUGUUUGUGUUAGUUACUUAAUAAGUUGCAUGGUGUACAUCAAUAUGCAUAUAGUAAGAUCAAAAUAUAUUUCAAUGUUUUAGUUCAUUCUAUCAUUCUACUUAUGUUUGUACGAAUUUGCAUUAUACAUCAGUUUGUACUUAAGAUCAAAGCAUGAUUGUAAAUCAUGCUUUAAACUUCUGUCCUAUCCAUCAUAGUGAUGUUGUCAGGGGCGAUUGUUCUUGAUAUCAGACAGUAUUGUUUGACAAUCUGCAUAUAAUGAGUGCAGUUUGAUAAUUCUGUAGCUCUGUAUCUGUUGAUAAGCUGUUAUCAUGUAAGUAAGUUGCAUAGUAAGUUGCAUUUUCUCUCAAAGGUUUGUCAUGUAUAUAAUUUCAGAUAACAAGUUUGGUUCAAUAGUCAUAUUACUCCAGUAUUUUAAAAAACCUUAAAAUGUCUAAUAAAACUUUGUCAUCAACUCA